AUGGUAGCGGAGUACAAAUCUGCCGGCUCUUCGUGCGUCGUUUGCAGCCAGGACGUGAGUGCAGCGUCCUCGGCGGCAGGACCGUUCACCGGUGAAGUGACGGCCGGCCUUCUAAAGGACAUGGACAUAGAAUGGACUAUAAUUGGGCACUCCGAACGCCGUGGCGGCGGACCCCUCGGGAUCGACGAGAGGAGAGAGCUCAUCAACCGCAAGCUGAAGGCCGCACUAGCCGCCGGCUUGAAGGUGAUAGUAUGUAUCGGGGAGUCCGGCGGCCGCGACACCAACUACGUCAUCCAGCAGCUAGAGGCAAGCCACAAAGCAGUUACACUUAAUAAUUCACAGGACAUAUGCACGGGCAUAACGGAUUCCGACGACCGGUUGGUGAUAGCGUACGAGCCGGGCGGCUGCGUCGGCACCGAUCGCCCCGCCGCGCCCGAGGAAGUCAACGAAACCAUCACGAGCAUUAAAAGCAUGGCAAAGUGCAACGUAACGCGGUCCCGCUUCAUUUACGGCGGGUCCGUCGACCGCUCCAACGCCAGCCUGUACACCCGUCAGCCUAACGUCGACGGCAUCAUGGUGGGUCGGCUGUGGCAACACCCGGAAUUCGAGCCACUUCUGGAGACCAUAUAA